AUGCCGAACCACCCUAUAUCCGUGAGCGUGAACGAGAGCGCGAUCGCGAUAGAGAACGUCACCAUCGCGACCGAGACCCUUACUCCAUGGGAAGCGGUAGCGGCCGCUCCCACCGCCGGCACUCGGAAGACGUUGAAUACCCCCGCGAACGUACCCGCGAUUCAGCCCGCACACGCAGUCACGAUAGAGUUAAAGACGAAUGGGACGAUCGCCAUGAUCGAAGUCGAGAUAGAGACCGCGACCGCGACCGCGACCGAGAGAGGGACAGAGACAGAGACCGCGACAAGAGAAACUCCAGCUACGAGGACAGAGACAGAGACGACAGUCGCGAAAGAGAUCGAGAUCGAGAUAGAGACCGGGUAUGUGUCUGGGGUGCAGGACGGUGUGUCUGGCCGGAAAUAUCCUGUCGCUUAA